GUACAGACUCACUACCAGACAUCCAUAACCUCGCCUUCAUUCUCUCCCUCCACCACAUUUGUCAUCCCCUCAACACCCGCGACAAUGUCGGACCCAACCGCGGACUCAGACAAGAUCCGGAACAAGAGACUGGCCAAGUUACAACAGUCCCAGUCCCAGUCCUCAUCUCCGCAGCCUCAGGACAGCCUCAUCUCUCAAGAUGCCGCACCCUCGACAUCUUCAUCCCCAGCGCCCUCUCCUCUUCCCAGUGCCCCCCAGUCACCACCUCCUUCAGAAUCCUCAAGCACGCCCAUCAAUAUCUCCAAACCGUCGUCACCACCUCCCGCCGCUUCGUCGACCAGAAUCAGAGUGACCCCAUCGACCAUCACACCCCAGAAACGGGAGAUGAACGGCUUGUCCAGGCCAACCUCAGCCAAACCAAACGAACCCAUUGAGCAGUGGGAGGAUCGCACUCUCCGCAAUCUAUUUAGAAUAACUUUCGACCCUGCUCAGACCAAGGAUCAACACGGCCAAGUCCUCCAUCAGGUCCCCCAGCUAAGAGACGAACUCGAGUCCGAGGGUCAACCCGUGUUGCUGAACAAUGCCAUUCUCGAACAAGCCAUCAUGGAGGCCGGUGCUUCCCUCUCCCAACGUAUCACUCCCCACGAUUGGCUCUUUGGCUCAUGGAAGAGAGUCACCCGAAUCUCAAAGGCCGUCAAGGACCGCACGCCCGAGAACCCAAAGUGGACCAUCCUCCUCGAGGCGCGGCGACUGUGCAUGAAUUGGUGCAUCCUCUCAAUCACAACCCCAGACAUCUUUGAUGCCACCUACGACGGCAUCGAUGCCCUCGCAGACCAUCUAUUAGCAGAUCCCGACGAUGAUCGAGGGGUCUGCCAGGAUUUUGUGAACGAAGCCCUCACCCGGUUUGAGGAGGAUGAGUCGAUCAAGCUCGCCUUUGUCGCCGCUGUUGAGAAUCUCAGCCGUCGACUAGCAAAGGAAAACAUGAACACAGCGUAUCAGCCUUAUGUCGGUAUGCUACGUCACUUGAUUCGCUACAAACCAAUCGCAGUUGCAAUCACGGAGUCAGUAAUUUUUGUCGAUGCCACAGUCCCGGCCGCCCAGCUCGAGGUUGCCUCUCUUCUCGGUCCAUAUUUUCAACUCUCGCCCUUGCAAGCCGAAGUCACAUCAUCCUUCUUCUACGAACCCAAGACCAUGGAUCCUGGUAAAGUCAGAACAAACCAAACAUCCUUGCAGAUGACUUUGAGAACUCAUCAAGAUGAGUUAUUCGAUAUCGUCAACACCCUGGUCCGUGCCUCUCCAGAGGCUCGCGAACGAGUUCUAGACUGGUUUGCUCUCGUCGUCAAUUCAAACCAUAAGAGAAGAGCAAUGCGCGUCGACAAGAAAACUGUCUCCAGCGACGGCUUCAUGAUCAACGUCAACGUCGUCCUGGACAAGUUGUGCGAGCCUUUUAUUGAUGCCCGAUUCUCCAAAAUCGACCGUGUCGAUAUUGACUAUCUCCGAAGAAACCCCCGAGUCGACAUCAAGGAUGAGACCAAAAUCAAUGUCGAUCAAGACCAGUCGGAUUCCUAUUUCAAAACCCAGGCGCCAGGCACAAAUAACUUCAUUUCGGAACUCUUUUUCCUCACGGUCGCGUCACAUCAAUACGGCAUCGAAGCCGCUCGAAAUAUUCUUAAGGAGAUGGAUCGAGAACUGAAACACAUGGCCAAGCAGCUUGAACAGUUUGAAGGCGAACGCCACAAGUAUAUCAACAACCCUGUCCAGUUGGAAAUGUAUGACAAGGCACUUAAGAAGUAUCGAGAUCAGCACGACAAAGGACUCUCGUACAAAUACGCGGUCCAAGGCGUGCUUCUCGACGAAAUCACACAGACUCGCUCCAUGCAAUUCAUGCGUUUUGUCACCGUCUGGUUGCUUCGACAAGUAUCUCCCAACCGACAAUUUCCCAAUGAGAAACUGACGCUUCCUCUGUCGCCUGAACAACCAGACGCCUUCAAAAAUCUUCCCGAGUAUUUUCUCGAAAUCAUCAGCGGCAACUUUGGCUAUAUCAUGUAUAACAUGCCACAAGUCAUUUCGCCCACUCAGUCUGACGAGCUCAUCAUGCUUUGCAUUGCAUUCUUGAGAAACGCCGAGUAUAUCAAGAAUCCAUACCUGAAAGCCUCGCUUGUGACCAUUCUCUUCAGAGGGACCUGGUCAUGGCGGCAGGGCGGCCGAGGAAUUCUGGCAGACCAAUACAACAGCAUGCCCUUUGCCACAGAAAAUCUGUUGCAUUCCUUGAUGCAGUUCUUCAUCGAAGCUGAAUUCAUGGGAGGUCAUGGACAGUUUUUCGACAAGUUUAACGUGCGAUUUGAGAUUUUCCAAAUUAUCAAAUGUAUUUGGUCGAACCCGGUCUACCGAGACAACCUACUGCGAGAAGCAAAGGUCAACAUUGAGUUUUUCGUCAGAUUUGUCAAUCUGCUUCUCAACGAUGUCACAUUUGUCCUCGACGAAUCGUUCACGUCGUUCCACCAGAUCUACGACAUCUCCCACGAGCUGGCACUGGCGGGAACUUCGUUGAACGAACAGCAACGACAAGAGAAGGAAGAAGCGCUCGAAUCUGCAAAGGGGAAGGCGAAGUCGUACAUGCAGCUGACCAAUGAAACGGUGGGCAUGGUGAAACUCUUCACCGAGGCGCUCGCAGAUGCCUUUACCAUGCCAGAAAUUGUCCAACGUCUUGCAGACAUGUUGGACUAUAAUCUCGAUGCGAUGGUGCCACCCAAGAGCACAUCCCUUAAGGUGGAUAACCUUCAAGAAUACAACUUCAAUCCUAAGGCACUCUUGUCUGAGAUUGUUGAUGUGUAUUUAAAUCUAAGUGAAAAGGAGAAUUUCAUCCUGGCAGUCGCGCGCGAUGGCCGAUCCUACAAGUCGGAGAACUUUGUGGCCGCGGGCAACAUUCUCAAGAAAUUUGUGCUCAAGUCACCACAGCAACUUCAACGCUGGAGCCGGCUGAUUGAGAGAAUUGCAAAGGCCAAGAGUGAAGACGAAGCGGCUGAUGCAGAUCUGGGUGAAAUUCCCGACGAGUUCUUGGAUCCUCUGAUGUACACGUUGAUGGAGGAUCCCGUGUUGUUGCCCAUCUCCAAAAUCGUGAUCGAUCGGUCGACAAUCAGAAGUCAUCUGUUGAGCGAUCCGCACGACCCCUUCAAUCGAGUGCCUUUGAAGAUUGAAGAUGUCAUUCCAGGUAAGUCCAACAAGACACAUGUUUGCCCCAAUCUCUCUCGGAAAGUUGAAGCUAACGACUCCCUCUUUUAGCGACCGACGUCAAGGAGAAGAUUGCCAAGUUCAAGGAGGAGAAAAUUGGGAAUCGACGCCGGGAUUUUGUGGAGACGGUGAAGACCGAAGACAGUGCAGCUGGGGUCGAAAGUAGCACGACAGCGCCAGAUGAUGCGAUGGACACGAGUCAGUGAAGGGACGCUUCACGGGAAAGCGAGCGGUUGAGAGUUGGUCGCAUUUUGGAUGAUUCGGCAGAGCCUACAGCAUUAGCUCGGUGAAGUUGAUACACAUGGGGGCCAUAUUGUUUUGGUGGUCUCCCCAAGCGACCAAUUUUGGGCCAAGGUGUACCAUUAGUACCCGGCCAGUCGCAAAGACUGGAUGCAUUGACCUGGUUUAGAUUGGUCAUGGGCAUCGGAUGAUAGAGUAUCAUGACUCGAUUAGAUUCACACGAAACACGAACAAAUACCGAGGUUCGAGACAGGUACAGUGAUCCAGCCGAGUUGACAGUCCACAUAAAGGACGGUAUGAACAAGUUGAGAUCU